CUCAGAAAAUCAGGAAACAUAACGCACAGAAAAGCGAGACAUACGGAACAUUUUUUUUGUUUAGUGUGGAGAACCGUCUUGCGGGAACUCUUUAGCUGUUUUGGAGGGAGGGGGAGAGAGGCCUGGCUGACCCACAGCAAGACUCCACCUGUGUUCAGUACAGAAGCCAGAGGAGACGCUUCGGACAGCAGCACCCCUUUCUCUACAAUCCACUUUAAACUAGACGAAACCAGACCAUCCUGCUGAAAUAAAUGAUUUAGUGUUUUAGAGGAUCAAACUGGAACUAUACUGCAUCUCUUGCACAACGAACUGCAAGAAAGAGAGAUUUAGAAAGAGAGAGAAAUAAAGCCAGAGAUUGACAGAGACUACGGCAAUAUGAAGCCUCUUCCGAAGAACCAGGGACGGACCGAUCAGAUUUUGGGUGCUAUGGCAGAUAUGCUGAGUUCUCUGGCGAUACCGAAUCAGCAGUGGAACACAGAGGGUAUUGAGCACCUGAGUGUCAAACAAGGACGGAAGAUUUCAAAACAGCCCUCGUGGGACACAGAGGAUCUGAACUGGGAAGAUCCAUCGAGGAGAAGAGUACAACGAUACCGAGCAAACUCCUACUCAGCCGCCGGCAGCGAGGGCAGCAUCUCCACCUCUGUGGCCUCUCUGCCCCCCCAAACUUCGGGUAGUUCGGCCCCAAACUCCCCCGGCUCCCGUCGCUCCGUCAGCACCCUAAAAAAGUGGCUGACUAAUCCGGUGCGUAAGCUCAGCGUCGGGGCGGCAGGAGCAGCCAAGGGGGAGCGGCAGGUCCGCAGACUGGAUGGCAAACCCCCACCUCCACCCACCAGGAGCAGCCAAGAACUCGGCAAUCCACAAACAACAGAGGACGAAUUUACCAUACUGCCAAUUAUAGACAGAGAGCAGGAGUGGAGAGAUGGCUUGCCUGCUCCGAGCAACUACGAUCCAGGCAUCCUGCAAUCCCAUAGCUACGAAUCAGACUCUCCACAGGGAUUCACCACGCUAGGACAAACACAGAUCAACCAUUGCACCAGCUUACUGGCGGACGACAAUAGUUCGAUGUUUAUGGACGACACUUCCAGCCAAUCAUCAACCACCGCAGACAGCGAAGAGGACCGGAGGAGUGCCUUAGAAAAAAGCAUGUACGUUCUGAAGGAAUUAAUAGAGACCGAAAUGAUGUAUGUAGGUGAUCUAGGACUUAUUGUGGAGGGCUACAUGGCCACCAUGAACACUAAAGGAGUACCGGAAGAUAUGAAGGGGAAGGACAAAAUAGUGUUUGGGAAUAUUCAUCAGAUCUUCGACUGGCAUAAAGAUUAUUUCCUGGGUGAGCUGGAGAAAUGUGUAGACGAGCCUGAACGACUGGCCCAACUUUUUAUCAAACACGAAAGACGUCUUCACAUGUAUGUGGUGUAUUGCCAGAACAAACCAAAGUCCGAGCACAUUGUGUCAGAUUACAUCGAGACUUACUUUGAGGAGCUGAAACAGCAGCUGGGUCACAGGCUCCAGCUUAAUGACCUGCUCAUCAAACCUGUUCAGAGGAUCAUGAAGUACCAGCUGCUGCUGAAGGAUUUCCUGAAGUACUACACAAAGGCUGGGAUGGAUACUGAAGAGCUGGAGAAAGCAGUGGAGGUGAUGUGUUUUGUUCCGAAGCGCUGUAAUGACAUGAUGAACGUGGGUCGGCUGCAAGGCUUUGAGGGGAAGAUCACGGCACAGGGAAAACUUCUCCAGCAGGACACAUUCUCAGUAACAGAGCAGGACAGCAGUUUCCUGUCUCGGGUUAAAGAGAGGCGGGUCUUCCUUUUCGAACAGCUUGUUAUCUUCAGUGAACCGAUAGACAGGAAAAAAGGAUUUUCUCUACCUGGAUAUAUUUUUAAGAACAGUAUUAAGAUAAGUUGUUUGGGUGUGGAGGAGUCUGUAGACGAUGAUCCCACUAGCUUCGCCCUGAUGUCUCGUGGGGCUGAUGGCAACACAGUACGAUUUGUCCUGCACUCUUCAUCGCCGGACAUCUGUAAGGCUUGGGUCAGUGACGUGAGCCAAAUACUGGAGACCCAACGCAAUUUCCUCAACGCCCUGCAGUCUCCCAUAGAGUACCAGAGAAGAGAGAGUAAGAGCAACAGUUUGGGCAGGAGCAUGAAGCCUCCUCUAUCAGCAUUAGCUGGUUUGAGACCACACUCUUCAGCAUCCAUUGACCGACACAAAUUGCCCUGCCUUCACUCCUGUAACACCUCUUUACCAUCGAUCUACCUGCCCAGCCAGGUCCCCACUGAUUCCCAUUCACAGCCAGAAUCAACCCGAGUCCAACGCUCUCUAGUGGACUCCAGACUGAAUUCCCAGACAGCGUCUCCAGCUCAUGUGCAUCUAGCCUUCUCUGAAGAUCAGUCUUUCUCCCAGGCUCCUCUUAACUCUCAGGCGGUCUCCAACGGGCUGUGUUCUUCUAGCACGCAAGGCACACAGAGCUCAGGUGAAGGGGGUCGCAGGUCUUCGCCAAGAGAUGGACGUAUGGCUGCUCCAAAUCCCUCCACCAAUCUUCAGUGUUCUAGUAACCUGGCCCAGCUUGAUGAGGACGACCUGUGAAACCGCAGCGUGAAUGAAAGUGAACAGCAUUCUGUUGUGUGCACCAGAGCAUGCCACAGUCUGGACUACACGGCUGGUGGACUUUGCAUCUUUUUAUCUUGUGGUAUUCUUAAACCUGUGACAUGAAUUACUUUGUGACUUUGUAUUUUUUGCAUUGUUUCUGUUUUGUUGUAUUUUUAACAAGGUUGUAUUUUGUUCAAAGGAGAAUCAACCAUUCCUAUAUUGGGAGGUCACUGGAUCAGAAACCAGACUAAAUCUGUUUUUGAGGGUGUGAGUUUGCGUUCAGGCCAGAGCACACGUAUGAAUGUUCGUUUUCCAAUGCGUUUUUGUAUGCUACAUUCUGAUGGCAUGAUCCAGAACAAGCUGAACGUUUCAUCCCUGAUGUGUUUUGAAGUUCGGAGAACUUGCUGUACAUGAACAUAAGAGGGUCCUUGGUGUCUCAUGCUGGAUUUGUAGGUGCCUCUCUACAGAUGCUGUCUUUCUAUAUCCCAUGUCAAAUGAUCACGUGGGCUGCGUAAAAACUCUUGUGAAGGAGCCAAAGGGCAAAGAGACUCUAAAUGCAGCUAAUUUGUAUAUAGCGUAUGUAUGAUCUGUGGACACAGAGGCUUGGCUUUGUCCUCCCUCGUUGGGUUUUUGAAAAGGGAAGCAACCAGCGCUGUGUCUGUAAAUUUUCUGUCAUCCGCUCCAUUGUAGCAGAGAGUGAGAAAAUCCCCUCCUGGAGCUUCUUGUUCGCACCUCGCAGCAUCUGCUUGUGGACACAUGAAAUAAUUUCAAUUGAGUUCAAAAGGUGUGAUUUACAAUAAACAUCUGCCCUGUUGAGCAGAUGGACCGUUGUUAGGAACAGCAGCUGUUAUGGCAGAAAGAAAAAACAUUUUAGGACUUUAUCUGUGGUUUAUGACCCUUUUCCGCCAAUGUAAUGCACGUGGGUUUACUGUGCAGGUUUUCUAAAAACAGUGUUGUUUCAUAGCUUACAAGUUAAUAAAGGCCAAAGGUAAAAUGUCAUUACGUGCCAAAAUGUAGGUUCCACUACCCUCUACAUGAAAUUAACAAAAUGUUAGGCCUAAUGUGUAGUUCAGUAGAUUUUUAUCACAGAGAUAAAUCACUUACAUUUUUUUUAGGCAAGUUUGCUUUGAUGUUGUUUUAUGACAAUAACAUAAGAUGAAAUUCUUAACUGAAUUCAAACAUUUCGUCAUACAAUGUUAGACACCAAAGAAGGGAUUGUAUGUGGUCGCUGUGAUGUUCAGCAUCACCAAAAGCACUUUUACUCCGUUUAGUUCAUAGCACAUUCUUUCCAAGAGAGGGCGCCAGAGGCCUUUAAGCCCUACCUAAACCACAGAUAACUUGAAAACCAACUUCAACUCCGCACCAAAGCUGAAAUGCUUUACUGUUGGCAUGUUUAAAAUGCAUUAGUAUCCUUAAAAUGAUUGUAACAACCUUCUCUUGCCUUGAUGUAAUAUUCAAAGUUUGAAAUCGGCUGAAUCAAAUGAUUUGACAUAGCCCUGCAUAAACUGAAAGCUUUCCUGUACUGCCUUUCCACAUAGUGGAUUCAGAUCUUACAACGUUGCAUGCUUUUUGAAGAUCACUUCUAGAAAAUGAAGGAAAUGGAGAAAGAAUUGGACAUGAUAUACGUCUAGACUACAGUAUGUCUGUGACUGAAUUUAUCAGUGUAUUAUAUCGAAUUAAACUGUGUUCUUUUGGAACACAUGGGUGUUUUUGGAACACAAC